AUGUUGCCAUGUGCCCGCCGGCUGCAGCCUCUUCUCCUUGCCUUGCUCUCCUCCUUCUCCACCUUCUUCUGGGCGCCCUGGGCCUCCUGCGGCAAUAGCUGCCCGCCCACCUGCCUGUGCCCCGACCAGCACACCGUGGACUGCACGGGCCAAGGGCUGACCCGGCUGCCCGACGCCAUCCCCCUGGACGUGCGCCGCCUGCUCCUCUCCGACAACUGGAUCCCCUGGAUCCCCUCCGACUUCCUGGUGCUCUACAGCGACCUGGUCUACCUGGAUCUGCGCAACAACUCCCUGUCCCGGGUCGAGCCCGGCACCCUCAGCACCUCGUCCCGGCUCGUCUUCCUCGACCUGGGCAGCAAUAAUUUAACGGAGAUCCCGUCGGGCACCUUCCGGGACUCACGGAGCCUGAUCAAGCUGCGCCUGGGCAACAACCCGUACCUGAGCGCGGUGGGCGCGGACGCCUUCUCGGGCCUGACCUCGCUGCGGGAGCUGGAGCUGGAGAGGAACGCGCUGGCGGGGCUGGACGUGGGGGUGCUGAGCCAGCUGCCGUCGCUGCGGGUGCUGCGGCUGGAGGGCAACCCCUGGGUGUGCAACUGCCACUUUGCCAAACUCUUCCUGUGGCUGUCGGAGAACCGGCACAAGCUGCCCUCGGGGCUGGACGGUAUGGAGUGCUCCUUGCCCGUUGACGGGCGGCCGGUGGACGGGAGACAGGUGCCCCUCAGCAUGCUCUCGGAGGACAGCUUCCGGGAGUGCCGCGGCAUCCUCACGCUGACAGACUACCUGGUGGUCAUCUUCUCCGGCAUCUGCGUUUCCGUGGCAGCCAUCAUGGCCAGCUUCUUCCUGGCCUGCACCGUCAGCGUCAUCCAGCGCUGGGGCCGCUUCACCAAGUCGGGCAAGGACGAGAUGGAAGAGUGAGUGAGGUUAGAAGGACAGAGAUGGAUAUAUACUCUAAAACUAUAAAGUGGUUUCCCACGUCUGGCCAUCAUGGCCAGCUUCUUCCUGGCCUGCACCGUAAACUGCAUCCAGUGCUGGGGGUGGGCUUCACCAAGUCGGGCAAGGACGAGGUGGAAGAGUGAGAGUAGAAGGACAGAGAUGGAUAUGCAAGGAUAGGACAAGGUUCGUUGGGAAAGAUCGAAACCACAAAUAACUUUCACGUCAUGUUCCAGAGGUAUCUCGCUUUGGAAGUUGACUUGAAACAAAGUUUAGUGUCGGGCAAGGACAAGGUGGAUGAGUGAGGGUUAAAAUAGAAGGACAGAGAUGGAUAUACAAACGUACAAGCAUAGGACAAGACUAUCACGUGGCUUCCCACCUCGUAGGGUAAGAUUUAAACCACAAAUAAGGAAGUUGACUUGAAACAAAGUUUAGUGUGAAGUGAGGAGAGGUAGGAAUGGGCGAAAGUGUGGGGGGCAGAGAGAAGAAGAAAGCCGUUGACAGUCUACACCUUCAUCUUAUCCUGACAAGUACUCUCUAGUGUGAACCUCUGCAUGUACUCUAUCUCCCCUAUCAAGGACUGAACAAGUCUGACAGGCGGACAAAGAUGCGUCUGUCUAUGCACUGCCGCCUUGUGGACACAGGAGGGCAUAACAAUUUCAAGAAUGCGUUUCAGACGAACAGACCGACCGACAGACCGACCGAUAGACAGACUGACGGACGGACAUACCCUCUUAUAGAGAUGCCUGGGCGCAUCUAAAAAGGGGCCACAAAGGGGAACACAAACACUUUCCUUGUUGCUCGCCCAGUUUUCAAUGUCCCAGCUGGCAUUAUCCCACUUUGUGAAGGUACAUAAUGUGAAACUCUUGACUGAAGACUGUCUGAACGAAGCCUGAAUGAUGCAAAACACUUUAAAGGUCUGAUGCCUAGACAGGCAACACAUUUUAAACCAAGCCUUAAGAAUAAAACUUUACAUGAAACAUGGAGCAUUUAGUGUCCCCAUCUUCCACAUGCUAAACUAUGAUGAUGUUAC